UGUGUGUGUGUGUGUGUGUGUGUGUGUGUGUGUGUGUGUGUGUGUGUGUGUGUGUGUGUGUGUGUGUGUGUGUGUGUGUGUGUGUGUGUGUGUGUGUGUGUUUGCGUGAGUUAGUGUGUGUCAGCAUGAGUCUGGUCUCGGGCUUCCCUCACCACCCGGUCAUGCACCAUCACGACAGCCACCACUACUCCCUGCACGCGGCGGCGGCGGCCGGUCGGUGUCACGAGGAUACCGGGGCUCCUCCAUACUUCACGAGCUGGCUGAUAAGUCACGCGGAUGUGUCUCCCACCGAGUACAGCCUUGCGCCCGGGUACAGCCCUGAGUACCAUGGCAAUAGCGGCGGCGGGUCCACCGGCGGCCUGGACCCCCAUCACCACCACCACCACCACUACGGACCCGGCGCCUUGGUACCGGGGGCCAGCGCCAUCUCAGUAAACGGAGCGGCAGUCGGUAUGCACCCCCACACACUCCCCCGGCCCGUGAAGCGGAGACCCACGGCCAACCGGAAGGAGCGGCGGCGGACCCAGAGCAUCAACUCGGCCUUCGCGGAGCUGCGGGAGUGCAUCCCCAACGUGCCGGCGGACACCAAGCUGUCCAAGAUCAAGACUCUGCGGCUGGCCACCAGCUACAUCUCCUACCUGAUGGACAUCCUGGACAAGGACGGACAGCACGGGGACACGCAGGCGUUCAAGGCCGAGCUGAAGAAGACGGAGGCCCGGGAGGAGCGGCGGAAGAGAGAGGCGGUGGAGAUCCCCAAGACAGCACCCUCAUCAUCCUCCUCCUCAUCGUCAGCGGGAGAUAAGAAGAGUAAAGGGCGGACAGGAUGGCCCCAGCAUGUCUGGGCUCUGGAACUCAAACAGUAGUCCCCCCCUUAGUGAUGGGACAUUAUUGACGCGCUCAGAGGAACUUUAAUGGCCGUCAUCAUCAUCUUCUUCAUCAUAAUCACCAUCAUCAUCAUCCACGCUGCGGACCUCCAGGCUGCCCCCCACCCCCUCCUUCCGGAGUGACAGGCCCAGGAGUGGAGUAGGCCUACCUCAUAGAACAUUAGAUUAGUUACCAAGUUCGAUUCAUUUUUAAGUUGAAGACCUUAAUCGAAAAAGAAAACACAAUAAACGAAAACGAUUCCUCAAACGGCAAUAUUGUAGAUAUUUGGUCAAUCAACACUUAUUCUUCUAUGUCCAGACAUCCUGAGGGCACAUGCGCUCUGUGCUGAUGGGAUGCAUUCAAAAGAGUGGUUUGUAAAACCUCUGAGGUGUGCUUCCUCAGAGAUAGCUUGAAGGUAGGGCGGCCGAGUCUCUCUCCCUCACACAGACACACACACACACACACACACACACACGUGGUUUUGACGUGCUCCCUGCUUUAUUUAACGUAAUAUAUUUAUGCCAGUAGCACCCGAACAGCCGUUAGAACCUUUGAUUAAAGACAAGGUGUAUGUGAAGUGAUCUCUCUCUCUCUCUCUCUCUCUCUCUCUCUCUCUCUCUCUCUCUCUCUCUCUCUCUCUCUCUCUCUCUCUCUCUCUCUCUCUCUCUCUCUCUCUCUCUCUCUCUCUCUCUCUCUCUCUCUCUCUUGACGUCACAAUGAUGACGACGUAUCUAUGUUGUGGUGUGAACAUGUGGUGGGGUUCUAAAUAAUGCUUUUUGUGGGAUGUAAACAGUGUCAUGAAUUUAAUAAACCACCACCUGGUUAUGUUA